UGUUGCAUUCCUGCGGAGGGUUUGACCUUUGACCUGGUUGUUGCAUUCCACAGAGGCUUGUCCUGCAGCAGCAGCAGCAGCACCACAGCCUGAGCCAGCCCUGCACUCACACUGCUCUUAUGCCACGGAGAGGCGAUGUGUGUUGAGUUAGUUUGGACAAGGCACUGGACACAGUAGCAGCAGCAGCAGCAGCAGAAGCAGCGACGUUUUUCCCGAAGAGCUUUAAAGCAGCCGGCCGAGCUUCGUCCUGAGAGGAGAUCUUGUUUAGGCUCCACACACACACACACACAGUGCACGCAGAGCCGAGUUAGCCAUUUUGCUAAGCGAGCUAAAUCGCCGUCGUAUUGAGGUUUGCUUUGUAGACACACUCACACACACACACACGGAGCAGCAGUGCUAGCCGCAGACAGCAAAGCGCAGAGGAAAUGAAGGACAAACAAAAGAGAAAGAAGGAGCGGACCUGGGCUGAGGCAGCUCGCAUGGUUUUGGAGAACUUCUCUGAUGCACCCAUGACUCCCAAACAAAUCCUCCAUGUCAUCCAGACCAAGGGGCUGAAAGAAAUGCGGAGUGGCACAGCUCCUUUGGCUUGUCUGGUCACCAUGCUGCACUCCCAGGUGAGGGGAGACCGAGUCAAGAACAGCAUCUUCUUCAAGCUGCCUGGACGAAUGAGCCUAUUCACUCUCAAGAAGAAUGCCCUCCAGUGGACAAAGACAACAUCAGAGUCGGAGACGCCAACAGAGCCGACCGGCAGUGCUGCUACCCCAGCUUCCAGCAGCAGCGCCCCUGGAAGCUCCACCGUGGCCCCGGUUGGUCCCACGGAUGCCACUGGGCAGGAAAGCUGCGACUCCACCGAGACCACUGCUGCUGCCAGUGGAGACAAUGAUGCCUCUGUGGAUGAGAGCUCGUCCAGUGCCUCCUGCUCCACAGAGGUGCAGGCCCCCAUCAGCCAGCCUCAGACCCGCCUCAGCAGGGCAGCAGGACAACAGGGACGCACAGACACACAGCAGACCCAACAUGUUCAACACGCCCAGACCAGACUGAGCCGCUCAAGACAGUCAGGGAGACAGAGGAAGAAAGCAGUCAUGAUGCCUCGUGUUGUCCUCACCCCUCUGAAAGUGAACGGAGAGCAUGUCCCCUCAGGACCCAUGAAAAGAAGUAGAGGAGGGGUGGAUGUAGACUUUGAAACACCAGGCUCCAUCCUGGUCAACACCAACAUCAGAGCCCUCAUCAAUGUGCGGACCUUCUCAGCCUUCCCAACACACUCACAGCAGCAGCUGCUGCAGCUGCUGCCAGAGGUGGACCGACAGAUUGGACCUGAUGGCAUGGCCAGACUGAGCAGUUCAGCUCUGAACAAUGAGUUCUUUACCCAUGCCUCCCAGAGCUGGAAAGAGAGGCUAGCUGAGGGUGAGUUUACCCACGAGAUGCAAGUGCGUUUUCGGCAGGAAAUGGAGAAAGAGAAGAAAGUUGAGGCGUGGAAGGAAAAGUUUUUCGAAGAGUACCACGGGCAAAAGUCUGGCCUGACACAAGAGGAGUCCCUAAAGCUUACCAUGAGUGAAGCCAGUGAAGUUGCAGCCAGUGUGAUGGACAGUGACGUGGCUGUGGUUACACCUGGUGCUCCCAAGAGACGCAGUGUGGGUCGCCGAAGAAGAGACGGAAGAAUGAGAAGACGCACUCGGGCUGACCUGCGUCGCAGGGCCCGUCGUACUCUCUGCAAGGCCACUACUCCAGUCCUGCCGUCUGCAGAAGCAGCCGAGGCCAGCGCUGCACUGGACAUCUCAGCAGUUUCUAUUGGCUCUCCCAUGUCUGACAACACAGUUGUUCAAGCUGAGGUGGUGCUGCAGGCUGAGUGUGGUGUGGAGCUCCCAGCUGAGAGUCCCUCCAUGGAGCCAAAGCCCUCUCCGACUCCGGAACCAGUCACAUUGCCAGCCCCUACUCCUACUCCUACUCCUACACCUACUCCCACUCCCACUCCCACUCCUACUCCUACUCCUACUCCCAGCCCCAGCCCCAGCCCAGCCUCCACCAGCGCCAAUGAAGAGCCAGAAGUUAGGACCCGCCUGCUUCCAGAAGAGGCUGCACCUGUACUGGCUUCCACCUCCUCCCCUUCCUCCUCCUCCUCUUCUUCUUCAUCUGCCUCCUCACCCGCCUCCUCACCCUCCUCACCUUCUGACAGACAAGGAGCUUUUGCUGCAGGCCUGGACUCUUCUUCAUCCUCCUCAGCUUCCUCCAGUGCCGCAGUCGCAGUCGAUCCCCUGGAUGACACAGCCUCCGUGGUCACCUCUAUCACAGGGGGUACCGCCACUAGCAGCCGUGAGAGCAGCCCCUCAGCCAGUCCAGCUACCACCCCUGUACCCAGCUCCCAGCUCAAGGAGCAGAAGAGAAGACCAGAUGAGGCUCAGGCCUUCUCCAGCUUCCCCGAAAAGAGGCCGCGGCUUGACGACCGUCAGUCCUUUCGUACCACAAUUGACAGUGUCCGUUCGGAGAAGCCGCAGCCGACAACCGAAGAGCCCAAGGUGCCGCCUAUCCGGAUUCAACUGUCCAGAAUCAAACCUCCCUGGGUCAAAGGGCACCCCACCUACCAGAUCUGCCCAAGGAUCGUGCCCCCCGGCGAGGGCUCGCGGCGGUCGGGGACGGGGGGCGCGCGCACCUUGGCGGACAUCAAAGCCCGCGCCCAGCAAGCCCGGGCCCAGCGCGAGGCCGCUGCUGCUGUUGCAGCCUCUAGCGACGGGGCAGGGCCGGCAGGGCUCAGGCUGCGGACUACUGCUGGGCUACCGGAUAGCAGCAAUGGACGACGAGCGCGAGAGCAUCCAGGACCUAUCGAGCCCGGAGGAGGAGGAGGAGGAGGAGGAGGAGGAGGAAGUGGAAGAAGGGGAGGUGGUGGGAUGGAGGAGCAGGAAUCGUCUUCAGGCUCUAAUUCGUCUGGAACACAACUACAGCUUCACAAUGUAGAGCCCACACCCCAGCCUUCCCCUUCACUGUCCACUACCUCAACCUCCAUGUCCCUGGAGCCCCCACAGACACCAAGCCCUGCUCUGGAAGAAGCAGCUGAUGGGCCAGAGGGUGGAGAGGAAAUACAAGCAACACCAGCCAGUGUUCAGAGUACCUCCAAUGGGCUCACAGACAAAGCAGCCGACUUGCCCUCUCCAGAGCACUGUACCCACUCAGCCAGGCAAAGCCAGAUGCCCGAGUCUGCCAUUGUCCCCUCUAAGAAGGCAGACCAGGGUUGUGAAAAACCCUCACUAGCCCCAACCUCCAUCCCAGAUUCCCUUCCCAGGUUCGGAGCUCAGGGUGUUGACGUUAUUCAGACACUGGCCAGCUCCUGUCAGCCCAAAGACCAGGUACAAGUAAAGGAGGCUGGACUGGGUGGCGUUAUCCAGCAUGGUUCUCACCAUGUGGACUCCCAAGACAUAUUUUCCCAUUCAGCUACAGAGAGACAAGCGCCACGCACACCCUCUUCCCAACAUGUGGACCGGUCUGGCAGAGAGAAAGAUGACGAGGCAGGGAUACAUAGUGACUCCACGGAAACCGCUUCAGACUGUGAGAACGAAGGCCAGGAGGAUGAGCAGCAGCCUGACUGGUGCCCUCAACUGAGCACGCAGAGAAAUGGCCAGCUGGUCAUCUGCAGCCCUCCUCCGACGAACCAGCAACCAGUCAUCCAGGCCCACGUGUCCAACCGCCAAGGUCAGACCGUCAUUCAGCCUUGCUUCCCCAAUGGCCUGCCUCACCCUCAGCACAGCCGUCCCCAUUCCCAAGAUCAGCAGUCUCUGCCCACAGUCCACCUACGUGGUCUUAGGGACACCAACGUUGUGGUCAAAAUGGAGCCUGGAGAUGAUUGUAGAGUCUCAAGGCAGAGCUCUGCUGAAGAGGAGUGUCGUGGCGGUUUAAAGCCCUCUGUCACUCACCCAGCUGCUGCAGUGGCCUCCAAGAGACUGGCCAGCUCAGCCCGACCAGUGUCCAGUGUGGAAGCCAACAAUCCUUUGGUCACUCAGCUAUUACAGGGAAGCUUGCCCCUGGAGAAAGUUCUACCUUCACACUCUGCCAACAGGCUGGAGAUCAGUCGAUUACCAGGACCCCAACCAAGACCACCAGUGGCAAGGACCCCAGGGCCACGGGUCUCAGCCCAAUGUCCUAGCCCAGAACUGAAUGCAGCCUCUCAAAUCCACAAGUCUCCAACAGGCCGCCUAGUCUCCUGUCUCAUGGAGGCCUCAGCAGUAUCCCAGUAUCAGUCCCAGCAGGCUCCUGGGGCUGUCCCGGUCAUCACCUCUCUGCCAUCUUCUCUAUCCUCCUUCAGUUCUCUUACCUAUAGAAAUAAGUCAGACCUUAGCUCUCAGACCAUUAUGGAGUCUGCAGUUAUCAAAGACUCUCAUGCUCCUCAGCCUUCACAAGGGGCCACUCCAGACAGGCCCCAGCCAUCUCUUCGGACCAUACCUAAUGGCCCUUCUCCUCCCCAUGCAGACCCCUGUCCCACAGAGGUGGUGCCUACUAUUAGGAUCAACUGGAGGACCCCACAAAGUCACCAACAGCAGCUGUCUCCCGCACCCAUCGUGAAAAAUGAAGUCGGUGCUCGGCCCUCUUGCCAGGCAUUUGCCAAAUCCUCCCCUAUUAAACCCCUGAGUGUUACCAAAAAGGAGCCUGGGAGCUCUGUGGACAGCUACCUGAGUGGAGGGGCGAUGGAGGGACUCCUCAACAUGGAGAUGACUUUUGCCAGGAUGGCAAAGAAGGAGCAUGGGAAACCCUACUCCUCUGGCUCUCCCUCCUCCUCUUCUCCCUCACCCUCCUCGUCUGCCUCCUCCCUUCCCUUCCAGCUGUACGGGAAGCUCCCCAAGCAAGCUGGAGGUUUAGGCGUAAGCUACACAGCCAAUGUGUCAGUGAUGGACAACGGCGGUUUCUCCCGGAGCAUGGCAGAUGGCGUUCUCCAGCUGCGCCCCCGCUUGGCCUCAAGUCAGACCACCCUCAGCAUCCAGGCCUUUACUGACAGUACGGCUGAGGAGGUGGCGCUCAAGUGCUCAUGCCGCCUCAAAGCCAUGAUCAUGUGCCAGGGCUGCGGUGCCUUCUGCCAUGACGAUUGCAUCGGGCCCUCCAAACUGUGCGUGUCAUGUCUGGUGGUCAGAUAGUAUGCUGAAGUCCCUGUGCACUGCAGGACUGAUCUGUACAGUAUCAACAUCAGGACUUUAAGGCUCCAGAGUGUACACACCUCUUAGGGUCGAGCACACAGGAGGAGCCUGAUGGGCAAGAUUUGCCUUGUAUAAUAUAAUUGGUCUGUAUUUUUUGUUGCUGCAGAUUUUCAGAUUUUUUUUAGCUGUACUGAUAUAUUAUUAUUGUUGUUACUAUUAUUAUUAUUGUUAUUAUUAUUAUUAUUAAUUAUUAUUAUUAUUGUGAAUUUGGGGCAUGAUUGAUUGUAAAUUGUGCCUUUUUUGUUUUCUCUCCUCAAAAACAUUUACCUCAUCUUAUCUUGCUCCACCUGUCAUCAUUUGGUGGCCAUCAUUGUUUUGGUCCCUUGUUUCCUCAGCGAACAGGGACGUGUUGUUGUCUCUUUGCGCAAAGAAGUAUUUUUUUAACCAUUAAAAUGAGUAAAUGAC